AGAUGAUGUACUGCAUUGUUCGGCCUAAAAAUUAGCUCAAGAAGCAGAACCGUCCAAGGUGUGGUGCUGCAUCCAAACAUAAUAAAACAAAGGGGAAUAUUUGUUCUGUGGAACCCUACUGUCGGUUAGGGUUUUUAGCGAGAGGGGGAGAGUUGAGGGAUCAUGCGUCGGUUCGGUCGAUGGUGUCAUUCGCUCAGAGAGAGUGUCAAUUCUUUAAAAUCAACCGGCGUCCCUGAAGUAGAAGGUGCCAUGGAGGUCUUGGUGAUAUGCUCUUUUCACCGGAGUGGGGAGGGUGCUGUGGUCAAAGUGCUGGAUGGUUUGCUUUGAGAGCCCUUCUUUUGCCAGUAGGUGUGCCACCUGGUUCGAUUCUCUUGGCCUGAAGAUGAGCUCAGUGUUGUUCGUCCGUCGAAGAAUCCAAAGUUUGAAGAAUUUGUCGGUCAGCAAGGACAAAAUUGCUUGGAGUUCCGCUUGGAGAGGACUGUUGCUGUGCAGGGGGGAAGUCGUAGCUCCGAAAAGCUCACCUCUGCUGUUUCUGAGGAUAGCUCCUCUGGCGCUGCGGUUGUCAACGUGCGAGGCGUCAACGUUGAGGCAUAGAGUGUCAGGCGAGGUGAUUUGGAUUCAAUUGCCUGCAUAAGGGCUGCGCAGUGUAUUGGUCUGGUUAUUCCUUGAUGUAGAGUUGCCCCAAGGUAUGUUACUGGUUGAUGGUAAGUCCGGUUGCACUGGUGAAUUUAUCCAAGAAGGAUUUCAGGUUUUUCAUGGAUGACGGAGAACCAUUGAGGAAAAUCAUCACAUCGUCCGCGAAUGCGAGAUGUGUUGUUGUUAAAACCCCCCUCCCUAUUUCAUACGGCAGUAGCUUGUUUUCGGCCAUGAGCCUUUGUAAGCCUCUCGAAAGGCACUCUGUAAUAAGUAGGAAUAGGUAUGGAGAUAGGGGGUGACCCUGCUUGACCCCCCGUUGUGGCUUGAAGAAUCCGUGUGGUUCUCCGUUCACAAGGACGGAAAUGUUUGUGGCUGCCAGAUUGCUCAUGUUGAGCGCGGUAGUGGUCUCAUUGAUGCCAACCUUAAUUAAGGUUGCUCGUAAAAAUUUCCAAGAGACCCGGUCAAACGCUUGGGCUAGGUCCAGCUUGACUGCCACAUUGCUUCCUCUGGCCUUUUUGUCGAGGUGAAGAAGUAUCUCGUUGGCCAACAUGAUGUGUGUGUGAAUGUUUUCACCAGCCAUAAAUCCGAUCUGUUCCGGAGAUAUUAUCUUGCGCAAUAGGGGUUUGAGUCUGUUCACCAAGAUUUUGGUGCAGACUUUAUUGGUGAGGUUAGCCAGACUAAUCGGCCGAAACUGAUCAAGGGUUUUGGGUGAGUCGCAUUUAGGGAUUAGGACGAGUAGGGAGCAAUUUAGUGCCUUGGGCAUCGGGGUUCCUGUGAAGAACUCUUGGAUGGCCGUUGUAAAUUCACGGUGAAUAAUGUCCCAACAAGACCUGAAAAAAUGCCCAUUGAAGCCAUCUGGGCCUGGGCUGCUAUUUGGGUCAAGAGCCCAGACAACAUCUUUGAUUUCCAGGGGGAGCGGAAUUGCUGAUAGGGACCUGUUGUCUAAAUCCGUAAACACUGUAGGAAGGAGGCUGAUUAGUGGUGGACUCGGGUCGGGCCAACCGGCCCGGAACCGGACCGGCCCGCUACUGUGCGGGCCUGGACCGGCCCGCUACUGUGCGGGCCCGGACCGGCCCGGUUCGUUGAUGAGGUCACGGUUCGGGCCACCCGGCCUGGUCAUGUAGCGGUUCGGGCCCGGGCUUAUAAGUUGGUGAACCGGCCCGGCCAGGCUGGGCCCGGUCUGGGCCUCAACGGUCACAAAAAAAAAAAAAAUUUAAAAAAAUUUGAAGGCUCUACAAGCCGUUGGGAGACCUCCCAAACGGCUCUAUAGCCGUUGGGAGCAUAGGAGGGGGGGGGUCUGGGGGUUAUUGGGGGUGGGGUGGGGUGGGGGUGGAGUAUACAAAAAAAAACCUAUUUAUACUCCUAUUUUCUAUACAUUUUUUACACCUACAACUCUUUCUACUCUCUAAAUUCUCUAUUCUCUUAAUCUCUCAUAUUCAAUCAUCUUCAUUCUUCAUCUUCUCCAAAUUCUUUCUACAUAUAUAUAAUUUAUAUAAUUAUUAUAUCUACUUAUAUAUUAUAAUAUUAAUUAUCUACUUAUAAAUAUAUACUUAUACACAUUCAUAUUAUAAUUCUUUACGCAUUAUAUUAUAUACUAUAUAUUGUUAUACAUAUAACAUAUAUAUAUUAUAUAUUACUUAUAAUAUAUUUACACAUUAUAUAUUUAUAUAUACUAUAUAUAGUUAUACAUUAUAUUAUAUAUUACUUAGAAUAUAGUUAUACAUUAUAUUAUAUAUUACUUAUAAUAUAUUUACACAUUAUAUAUUUAUAUAUACUAUAUAUAGUUAUACAUUUGAUUUAUAUAUACACUUCUCUUUAUCUAUUUAAUUACUUAAUUGUUUCAUUUUUCAUAUUAAUAUUAGUUAAAGUAGUUAAAGUUAAUUGUUUCAUUUGUCAUAUUAAUAUUAGUUAAACUACUUAAUUGUUACAUUUCUCAUAUUAGUUAAUUGCUACAUUUUUACAUUUCUCAUAUUAGUUAAUUGCUACAUUUGUACAUUUCUCAUAUUAGUUAAUUAGUUAAUUGCUACAUUUUUACAUUUCUCAUAUUAGUUAAUUAGUUAAUUGCUACAUUUUUACAUUUCUCAUAUUAGUUAAUUAGUUAAUUGCUAUAUUUUUACAUUUCUCAUAUUAGUUAAUUGCUACAUUUGUACAUUUCUCAUAUUAGUUAAUUAGUUAAUUGCUACAUUUUUACAUUUCUCAUAUUAGUUAAUUAGUUAAUUGCUACAUUUUUACAUUUCUCAUAUUAGUUAAUUAGUUAAUUGCUAAAUUUUUACAUUUCUCAUAUUAGUUAAUUGCUACAUUUUUACAUUUCUCAUAUUAGUUAAUUAGUUAAUUGCUAUAUUUUUACAUUUCUCAUAUUAGUUAAUUGCUACAUUUGUGCAUUUCUCAUAUUAGUUAAUUAGUUAAUUGUUACAUUUUUACAUUUCUCAUAUUAGUUAAUUAGUUAAUUGCUACAAUUUUACAUUUCUCAUAUUAGUUAAUUGCUACAUAUCUCAUUAAAGUAAAAAAAACUAGUUAAUUUUUACAUUUCUCAUAUUAGAUUAUUAGUUAAUUGCUACAUAUCUCAUUAAAAUAACAAAAAUAGUUAAUUUUUACAUUUCUCAUAUUAGUUAAGUGCUAAUAUUUGUUCAAUUUUAAAUAUGGAGCGAGGUAGACAUUCUGUAGAUGUGGGUAAUCUCCAACGCAACCGCAAGAGGGAGAUUGCAUCGACUCGAUCUACUUCACGCAAAGGCAAAGGUAAAGCGCGGGCCGAGUCUUCUUUUCAAAGUCGAGAUGAUUUUGAAACGGAUUACCAACGGCGAGAUGGUAUGAUGAUGUCCGAUGAGGAACUACAACACCUAUUGUCCCAAAAUGAUCCACGUUUUGCACAAGAACAACAAUUCCCGACAACCAUCGAUGAAGAGGAGCUCGAGGAAGAGGAUGACGAUGGGGAGGAGGACGCGGGGGACGACGGGACUCCGGAUGAUGAGGAAGAGGAUGAGGGCCCUUCAACGACUACAACCAAAAUUGGUAAGAAAUCUAAAUCUAAAUCUAAAAUUAUUGAAAACAAUUUUACAAAAAGGAAAGAUGAAAAAACCGAAAAAUGGUACGCAAGUUGCAAUCAUUGCAAGAAAGAGUUUAGCUUGGGAAUUUCUGGCGGAUACGGGAGUCUCAAAAGACAUCUUCAGUCCACCCAUGUUGUGGAGUAUGCGAAAAUAGACAAAGGAAAGGGGAAGCAAACACAAAUAUCAAGGUUUGCAAAUUCUCAACCCUUUGGUAAUUUUUCCUAUGAUGAUAAAAAACAUUUGACUGGUAUGUCUCAUUUAAUUGUUGAAGAAAAUUUACCCUUUAUUUUUUCCGAAAGUCUUGCUUUAAGAGAUUAUGCUUAAGGUACUUUAAAUCCUCAAUUUAGAAAUUAUAGUCGCAAAACGAUUAAAAAAGAAGUUAUAAGGCAAUAUAAUUUGGAAAAAAAAAAAUUACAAAUAUUUUUCGCAAACUUUGAUGGACGUGUUAGUAUUUGUAGCGAUAUAUGGGAGGAUACUUAUCAUCAUUUAUAUUAUUUGGGUCUAACUGCACAUUAUAUUGAUGAUGGUUGGAAUAUGCAUAAACGUGUUCUUGCUUUUCGUGAAUUCAAUGAUCGUCACACUGCUGAUAAUAUUUAUAUUCUCAUUGAACGUAUUUUAAUUGAGUAUAAUUUGAUUGAUAAGGUGUUUGCUGUAGGUUUUGAUAAUGCUAGUAAUAAUACUGCUGCUAUACCUAGAUUACGUGAAUUGUGUGGUGCUUCUACAUUGAUGGGUAGAUUUUUUCAUCAACGUUGUGCAUGUCAUAUUCUAAAUUUGUGUGUACAAGAUGGCUUAGCGGCAUUAGGAAAUGCUUUGGAGGUAGUGAAGGGGGGAAUUAAAUUGAUUUGGGCUAACACUCCACUAAAAAUGCAAUGGCGGCAAUAUUUGAAGGAUAGACGCGUGAAUUAUUGUGCUUUUCCUAAAGAUUUGUCUAUUCGUUGGAAUAGUACUUAUAAUUUAAUUCAAGUACUUGUUAGAUAUAAAGAUCAUUUUCCAGCUUUUUUAAGACAAACUUGUAACUAUAUUAUAAACCCGGCUGACAUCGACACUUGUGAAAAAAUUGUUAAUGUUUUGGCAUAUUUUAAUAACGCAACUCUAACUUUUAGUCAUGUUUAUAAACCUACCGCAAACGAAUUUUUUGUUGAAGUUGUUAAUCUCGCCGGUGCUUUUUGUGAAUUUUCCGACGCCGCUUACGUUAGUUAUUUUUGUGAUUUCAUGAAACAAAAGUUUUUAAAAUAUUAUUCACAUAUUUCGCAUAUAUAUGGUAUUGCAUUUGUUCUUGAUCCUCGUUAUAAACUUCCUUAUUUGCCAAAUUGUAUAGAUUACUAUUAUGCUUCUUUUUUUCCAACUCAAGAGUUCGAUGAUAAUCCCAUCGACCCUAAACAAGAAUUCAACGAGGUUAGUAAUUUAUUUCAUCAAUUGUAUAAUGAAUUUCAUGCACAAUAUGGUAAUGCACCCCCUCCCAUGCAACGAACAUCUUCUUCAUCCAAAGGAAAAUCACUUUUGAAAUCCGCUUUUGGUUCUCUUUUGAAAAAAAGUAGAGCAACUCCCGCUACUGAACAAAGCUCAGGUAACGAGCUUUCUUUGUAUGUAACAUUGAAUGUUGAUUAUGAAGUUGGUGAUGACUUUGACGUUCUUAAGUGGUGGAAGGAAAAUGAAAGAACAUUCCCGAUUUUAUCAAAGAUGGCUAAGCAAGUACUAGCAAUGCCGAUAUCAACCGUUGCCGUGGAACAAGAAUUCAGUGCGGCCGGCAACGUUCUAACCGAUUUUAGAACGAGGUUGAGCCCGAGCUCUCUUGAGACACUAGUUUGCUUUCACGAUUGGUUGAAGGCCCAACGAAGAACUCAAGAAAUUACCAUCACUCCCUCCCGCCACUUUAUGGAGGAAACAACCGAAGGCGGAGAGUCCGAUUGAUUUUUUAUUACAAAAUGUAUUACAUUUUUUAAAUUCAUCCUAAUUCUCAAUUGUACUUCUUAUUUGAAAUAAAUAUACUUCAAUUCGAAUAUAAUAUAUUGUAAUUGUAAUAAGAUUUAUUCUAAUUAUAUAAUAAUUAAAAAAAAAAAUUUAAAUAGGCCCGGCCCGGCCCGGCGGGUGGCCCGGCCCGUGAACCGGGCGGGUGACCCGAACUGAACCGGACCCGGAUUUAUCCGGGCCGGUUCCGGGCCUGCCUUCCUAGAACCGAGGCCCGGCCGGGCCCAGGCCCGAACCGGGCCCGAACCGGCCCGAGUCCACUCCUAAGGCUGAUUAGGUUGUUUUGGGCUUCUGGAUCCGUGGGUUGAUUAGAGUAGAGGGACUUGACGUGGGCUUCAGUAGCUUCAACAAUUUCCAUAGGGUCCGUGAUUGUGUUCCCCUUGUCGUCCUCAAUCAGUAGUAUUUUUUGGUGUUUCCUUUUAGCCCUUACGUAGUCAUGGAAGAAUUUGGUGUUUGUGUCCCCAUCGUUCAACCAUUUAAUGCGUGCUCUCUGGGACCAAAAACUUUUUUCUUGGGUUAAUUUGAGGGUGAGAUGGGCUUGGGCCAGGAACCAUUGUUCUCGGGUUGAAGGGUUAGGGUUUUUUUCGAACUCAGAUUCAGCUCUUUCGGCCUCUAGCUCGGCCUGAGCUAUUCCAUUUGAGAUGAGACCAAAAGUCUCUUUGUUCCAAGUACGAAGAGCCUUUUUUAGAUUUUGAAGUUUGUGAUACAAGGCUCUCAUUCCUCCACCUCUGUACUGCUCUGAGCCCCAAUUAAUUCUGACUGUCUCUAGGAAGGUGGGUGGGAAAGCCAAUGUUUUGGAAACGGAAAGGCAUAGGUCCACUGUGGGCUGAGUUGUUGCAGAGUAAUAAUAGGGGGAGUGGUCAGAAGUGGUCCUAGCAGCAUGGUCUUCAUUGAUAUUUUCAAAAGAUUUGAAAAAGCUGUCAUUGGACAAAAAUCUGUUCAGGCGGCGCCAGAGUCUACCAGUUUGUCUAACACCGGUCCAAGUGAAUACACUCCCAGUGAAUGGGAUAGAAUUUAGCUGGCAGUAAUUAAUGCAAGCAGUAAAAUCUUGAAUGUCAUGAAGUUUAGGUGGGGUUUUACCUUGGUGCUCGGAGAUGGAGGAUAUGACGUUGAAGUCUCCUCCGAUGAGCCACGGCGUGACCGUGAUGUCGCUCGGGCGCCGGAGUUCUUCCCAAAGCGAUUGCCUAUCAGCUCUUGAAUAUUUUCCAUAAACGGUUGUGUACCAGAAGGUAAAACCGGUAGAGAGUUCCUUGACUCUGCAGUGCACGACUAGGUCAGUUUGACUGAAAUGAUCCAGAGUGUAGUCUUCCUCCUUCCACAUUAUCCAGAUUCGGUCAUCAUCUUUAGUGAAGACGUUAGACAUUCCUAGGGAGAUUUUGAAGUAGUCUGAUUGAGAUUGGCCAACCAUCAGUUCUAUAAUGGAGAUCAAAGAGAUUUUCCAAUGCCGGAUUAGUUUGUGCAGUUGAUGAGCAUUUUGUCACGGUGCGUCAAAAUAAAUACAAUACUAGUGCUAAUACGUAGUAUAGCGUAGUAGAGUUCGUAUCCACAGGGAAAGAAAAUAAUUCUCUUUUUAUGAACUUAAUGAAUAAAAAGGGGGGUUUUAGGUUUGAAUGAUUUAAUUUAAUAAAGAACUAAGAUGAACAAUCUAUAUGUGUUUAAUU